GGCGGCGGCGGCGGCGGCGGCGCGGCGGCGGGACCCCAGGCCUCCUCCGGGGCAUGCGAGUCGGCGGCGGGUUCCUGAGCGGCGGCUCCGGCAGGCGGGCGGAGAUGGAGCCCAGCUUCCCGCAGGGCCUGGUCAUGUUCAACCACCGGCUGCCCCCGGUCGCCAGCUUCGCCCGGCCGGCCGGCCCGGCCGCCCCUCCCCCGCAGUGCGUGCUCGCCCCCCCCGCGGCCCCGGCCGAGCCGCCCCCGCCGCCGGCCCCGGACAUGACUUUCAAGAAGGAGCCGGCGGCCUCGGGCGCGGCCUUCCCGGCGCCGCGGGCCUCCUGGGGCUUCCUGCAGCCCCUGGUCAGUAUCAAGCAGGAGAAGCCGGCCGACCCGGACGAGCAGCACCACCACUACGGGGGGCUGUUCGCGGGCGCCGAGGACCGGGCCCCGGGCCUGGGCGGCGGCGGCGAGGGGGGCGGCCCCGGCGUCAUCCAGGACCUCAGCGUCCUGCACCAGCAGCCGCAGGCUCCGCAGCACCGCGACGCCCUGCUUGGCGGCGGCGGCGGCGGCGGUGGCGGCGGCGGCGGCAGCGGCGGCGGCGGCAGCGGCAGCGGCGAGGAGCCAAAGCAGGACACGAACGUCAAGAAGGCGAAGAGGCCAAAGCCAGAAUCUCAGGGAAUCAAAGCCAAGAGGAAGCCCAGCGCAUCCUCCAAGCCGUCUUUGGUGGGAGACGGAGAAGGCGCGGUCCUGUCCCCAAGCCAGAAACCUCAUAUCUGCGACCACUGCAGCGCGGCCUUCCGGAGCUCCUACCACCUGCGCAGACACGUCCUCAUUCACACCGGCGAGAGGCCCUUCCAGUGCAGCCAGUGCAGCAUGGGCUUCAUCCAGAAGUACCUCCUGCAGCGCCACGAGAAGAUCCACAGCCGGGAGAAGCCGUUCGGCUGCGACCAGUGCAGCAUGAAGUUCAUCCAGAAGUACCACAUGGAGAGACACAAGAGGACGCACAGUGGAGAAAAGCCAUAUAAGUGUGACACUUGCCAGCAGUAUUUUUCCAGGACUGAUAGACUGCUGAAACACAGGCGCACGUGCGGGGAAGCCAUAGCCAAGGGAGCCCCCAGCGCAGAACCUGGCUCAUCGAGCCAUAGCAACAUGGGGAACCUGGCUGUGCUGUCUCAGGGAAACAGCAGUUCUUCAAGGAGGAAAACGAAGUCCAAGAGCAUAGCUGUUGAAAACAAGGAACACAAGGCUGGGAAAGCAAGUGAAUCGCAGCUCGCGAACAGUAUAAACAUGCAGACCUACUCCGUGGAGAUGCCCGCCAUGUCUUCCAGCGGCGGCAUCUUGGGCAGUGGUAUCGAUGAACUUCAGAAAAGGGUGCCAAAACUCAUCUUUAAGAAAGGAAGCAGGAAGAACACAGACAAAAACUACCUGAACUUUGUGUCACCGUUGCCAGACAUGGUGGGACAGAAGUCCCUGUCUGGGAAGCCGAGUGGCUCCCUCGGCUUGGCGUCGGGCGCCGGCGUGGAGACCAUCAGUCUUCUCCAGGGUGCCGGGGGCAAGCAAGGCCAGAUGAACAGUAACUACGACGACGCCAUGCAGUUUUCAAAGAAAAGAAGAUACCUACCAACCGCCACCAGCAACAGUGCCUUCUCGAUCAACGUGGGACACAUGGUCUCCCAGCAGUCUGUCAUUCAGUCUGCGGGCGUCAGUGUCCUGGACAGUGAGGCCCCACUGUCGCUUAUCGACUCCUCAGCGCUAAAUACUGAAAUUAAGUCUUGUCACGACAAGUCUGGCAUCCCUGACGAGGUGUUGCAGAGUAUUUUGGAUCAGUACUCCAGCAAGUCGGAGAGCCAGAAGGAGGAUCCUUUCAACCUAACCGAGCCCCGCGUGGAUUUGCACACCUCAGGAGAACACUCAGAGCUGGUUCCGGAGGAGAACUUGAGCCCCGGCGCCCAGACCCCUGCCAGUGACAAGGCGAGUGUGUUGCAAGAAUACUCCAAAUACCUCCAGCAGGCUUUUGAGAAAUCCACGAAUGCAGGUUUUGCCCUUGGACACGGCUUCCAGUUUGUCAGCUUGUCCUCACCUCUCCACAACCACACUUUAUUCCCAGAAAAACAGAUAUACACUACGUCUCCUUUGGAGUGUGGUUUCGGCCAAUCUGUUACCUCAGUGUUGCCAUCUUCGUUGCCAAAGCCUCCUUUUGGGAUGCUGUUCGGAUCUCAGCCAGGGCUGUACCUGUCUGCUUUGGACGCUGCCCACCAGCAGCUGACGCCUUCUCAGGAGCUGGACGACCUGAUUGAUUCUCAGAAGAACUUGGAGACUUCGUCGGCCUUCCAGCCCUCGUCUCAGAAACUGACUAGCCAGAAGGAACAGCAGAAGAACUUGGAGUCCUCAACCAGCUUUCAGAUCCCGUCUCAGGAGUUAGCCAGCCAGAUGGAUCCUCAGAAAGACGUAGAGCCUAGAACGACGUACCAGAUCGAGAACUUCGCACAAGCGUUCGGCUCGCAGUUUAAGUCGGGCAGCAGGGUGCCAAUGACCUUUGUCAGCAACUCUAAUGGAGAAGUGGACCAUAGAGUCAGGACUUCAGUGUCCGAUUUCUCAGGGUACACAAAUAUGAUGUCUGAUGUAAGUGAGCCAUGUAGUACAAGAGUCAAGACGCCCACCAGCCAGAGUUACAGGUAAGGUCCCCAGGUGACCGGGCUGGAGGCCUUCUAAUGUCAUUUUGUUUUGUUUUGAGAACACUGCCAUUGGAAUGUUUGUACACGAUCCUAUUGAGAAUAAUGUAAUGCCCUUUCAAUGCAACUUUUCACAUUUAGUUUAUUUUGUUAGUGUGAUUUUAGCUGUUUCUAUUAUGAUUUUUAAUCAAAAUCAAUAGAUUAAAAAUAGUUUGACAUUCAAAGUGACAAUGUUUAGCAAUCAAAUUUACAUGUAUAGAUCGUCAGGGAAUAGCCCAAAAGUUUUAAAGGCAAAAAAAUAAAAAAAAUAAAAAACAAAAAAAAAAUCCUACAAAAAAACAAAACAAAAAAACACAAAAAAAUUUUGUUGCUAGGAUUAAGGUUAUUCUAAUUCCUUUACUCUCAGGAAAGUGUAAUAACGCAUGGGAAUUCUAUACGUUAUCACUGUAAUGGAAUAUCCAAUUUACAGAUAGUAUGGUAUAUGUUUCCUCAUUUAAGUAAGGGAUCGAAAACAUUUCAAAUUGCUCUGGGCUGUAGGAUUCAUGUUUCGUCACCUGAGUUAAGGGAUCGAAAACAUUUCAAAUUGCUGUCUCCAUCUGGGCUGAUCCAAAAUUCUGAGAUGUUGGCUACCUAUAUUCUCUUGCAGCUUUUCAAUGUACUCUGAACUUCCAAACCACAUUCAUUCCAGCCUGGUAGGACAAAUAUUCUUGGGUCUUUGAUCAAAGCCUGGAAUGAUAGCUUUAGGAAAAGGAGAAGAAGAAAGGCACCCUCUCCUUCCCCACCUGUGGCAAGGCUGUGAUUUCACAUUGAGUCGCUGACGUCUGGCACAGUGUUGAAGCCCAGACGGUGGGUUCCAGUGUUAGAACCGACGUUGGAAUUACAUGGUUCUUUGAGUUUUGGGGUGUGUGCUGUUAUUAUAUAUAGCCUAAAGACACUGUCCUCUUUGUUUACGUUACUAUAGGUCACCCACACUUCUGGGUUCUCUCCCCCCCCCUUUUUCUUCUUUACCCUCUUUCUAAGAGUUCUGGGCUUGCCUUGUUCUCUCUUCCUGUCUUGACAAUUUAAAUUGUAGAAUGAGUUACACUUCAAUAGGUAAUUCAUUACGCAUUUUAUAUGCCUAUGGCAUCCAAGUACCAAACAAUAAGAUAAACAUCCGCCAACCCCCACUUUUAAAAAAAACAACAAAAAAACUAUACAGAUCUUCAUGUAUAAUAAAGUCCCAUGUAGUCGAGCUGUAGAUGUUAAUGAGGUUGUAAUUCCAACUGGUGGCAGAGCUGGCGUGAGGGGGAGGCCGUGCCUGCCUUUCGCAGUGACGUCGGAAGCUCUGAAAUUGCAGCCCGUGGCGUCCACCUGAGGGGUGCGUCCGUCAGUAUUGUACAGGGGUCUUGGAAAGUCAUCGAAACUUGCUUUCAACCCUAAUUGCCAUUCGAAGCUGCUGACACCAGUGGCUCUGCUCUAAACCACUUUUUAGCCAUUGUAUUUUUUUUCCUGAUUAUAUUUUUUAAUGUACUUUGGUGUUUAUGCUGAUGAGUUUUUAUGUACUUUUGGUGAUGUUUCAGUCUUACGUACUCUUCUGACGUCAGGAAAGUACCACUGUUUGUUUGCCGUCUUAUUGUGUAACCAGCCUACCACAGGCUCCAUGUAUAAUAAAGUAAUAUUGUGCAAGUGUGAGACACUUCUGUCAUGAAGCAGUGUUUGGAAAAUAAGAAAUUAUUACAAUGGUUACAAAAGACUAGUUAAUGCCCCCUCCCCGCCCCCUGCUUUCCUCCCUAAGUGUGCUUUCCCAGCUGAAGGGUCACCUACUUGUCACUGCAAGAUGCUUAGAAAAUGUGUUUAACCCUCUUAAAUACACUUGAUUCUAAAAAGUCUGUAUUUCUUAUUUUGGUAAGUGCGGUUCAGUUCUGUUGGGUGCAGAGUACAAGCUGUAAUCGAAGGGCGGACAGGGCCUUACCACUGUAUCUUAAGAUGUAUGAUUUUCCUCCAGUGUUUAGUUUUAUACAGGUUUUGAAUUUCUUUAAUAACUUUUAUUGUGUGUACUUAAAACUGCAUAUGUAUUAUUCUGAUUGUUUGCUC